GUCCUGAGCAUGAACAACCAACUGGUGACUGUCCGGCACCAGGCGGUGAAUCGGAAGAAGGACAACCGCUUUGCAGUAUCCCUGGACUCAGAGCAGAACAAUAUCCACGUGAAGGACAUUGUGAAGGUCAUUGAAGGGUCUCAUUCGGGCCGCGAGGGGGAGAUCCGGCACAUCUUCCGGGGCUUUGCUUUCCUGCACUGCAAGAAGCUGGUGGAGAACGGAGGGAUGUUCGUCUGCAAGACGAAGCAUUUGAUUCUGGCCGGGGGGUCCAAGCCCCGGGAUGUCACCAACGUCACGGCUGGUGGCUUCGUGCCCAUGAGUCCUCGGAUGAGCAGCCCUAUGCAUCCCAGCUCUGGAGGGCCACGGGGCGGCUUUGGCGGGGGCGGCAUGAACCGAGGCCGGGGGCGCCGGGAUAACGAGCUCAUUGGACAGACGGUGCGGAUUUCCCGAGGGUCUUACAAAGGCUACAUCGGGAUGGUCAAGGAUGCCACGGAAUCCACUGCCAGGGUAGAGCUGCACUCCACGUGCCAGACCAUCUCGGUGGAUCGGGAGCAUCUCACCAUUGUAGAUUCCAAAAAGCCGUCUGGCAUGCCCUCUGGCUAUGGACGGACCCCCAUGUACGGCUCCCAGACGCCGAUGUACGCCUCGGGCUCCCGCACGCCCAUGUAUGGCACCCAGCACGAUGGAAACCGGACGCCGCACUACGGCUCCCAAACACCCUUACACGAUGGCAGCCGGACACCCGCCCAGAGCGGCGCCUGGGAUCCCAACACCCCUUCCAGGACAGAGGAAGAGUUUGACUACGGUUUUGACGAUGAGCCAACGCCUUCUCCCCAAGGCUAUGGGGCGACCCCCAACCCCCAGACCCCAGGCUAUCCAGACCCUUCCUCCCCGCCUGUUAAUCCUCCCUACAAUCCUCAGACGCCUGGCACCCCCGCCAUGUAUAUGAAAUAUAAUCCCCAGGCUAGCCCCAGCCCCAGCCCAGUGGGCUAUAGCCCUAUGACCCCAGGGGCUCCUUCCCCAGGAGGUUACAACCCUCACACCCCGGGCUCUGGGAUUGAGCAGAGCUCCAGCGAUUGGGUCACCACCGAUAUCGAGGUCAAAGUGCACGACACGUACCUGGACAGCCAUGUGGUGGGGAAGACCGGAGUCAUCCGUAGCGUGAAUGGCGGGAUGUGUUCAGUCUACGUUAAGAAAUGUGAAAAGGUAGUCAGCAUUUCAAGCGAACACCUGGAGCCUGUGACACCAGCCAAGAAUGAUAAGGUCAAAGUCCUCUUGGGAGAAGACCGCGAAGCGACGGGGAUGCUGCUGAGCAUUGAUGAGGGAGACGGCAUUGUCCGCAUGAACCCAGAAGAGCAGCUCAGAAUCCUCAACUUGCGUUUCCUCGGCAAACUCGUAGCAGCUUAGCAGGACGGAGAACAACAGUGGGCUGUGAUUAGGGUUUCCUUAUGUUUUCUGCUUCCCUAUUUUUUUCAUUUAGCCGGUUUCCUCCCGACUGCACCGCCAAGGUUUUGUACAGAUUUGCUCCUGAAAAAGGUUUAUUUUUUUUUAUGUGCGUGUGCGCGUUUCUUCCUGCUGGCCGUUUUUCCCAGCACUGCGGGUGGCUGCUUGAGCGAGGGACAAUCUUGCAAUUGUGUUAUGACGUGACUUCAGCGGAAGAGCUGCCACCAGUGGAACACCAGGCCCUGCCGUUCCCCUCCUCUUCCGUAGCACUUUAUGACCUCUUCAUCACCAAAAAACAUCCAACCUCUGUAGCUUGUUUAAUAAAAUCAUCUCCUAAAA